AUGGAAGGAGAACCCAAUUUCUCCAGAACCCUGGACCCACAGUAUACUUUCACUGUGCAUUUGCCAGCCAUUUUUAAUGUGGGUCUUUCGACCCCCAGAAACAGUGUUACAUUCAGAUCUUAUGGCUACUACAAAAGAAGUUCACGGAAGUGGUCCAUGCCCAGUGACCCCAUGGAAAUACAGGUGUCAGAGACUAUUGGCAAGCCCACACUCAAAGCUCAUCCAGGCUUCGUGAUAACCAGGGGCAUGCAAGUGACCAUGUCCUGUGAGGGUACCUCAAGUGCUCAGGAAUACUAUCUCUGUAAAGAGGGAAGUCCAGACCCCUGGCAAAGACAGAGAUCCAUGGUACCUGGGAAUAAGGCUGAAUUCUUCUUCCCAUCCAUUCAACAGAACCAUGCAGGGAGAUAUCACUGUUACUAUCAGACCCAUGUUGGCUGGUCAGAGAACAGUGACUCUCUAGACUUGAUGGUGACAGGACUCUACAGAAAACCACGUCUGUCAGUCCUGUCCAGCCCAGUGGUGAGAUUAGGAGAAAAUGUAACCCUCCAGUGUGUUUCACAACUGGGAUAUGAUGGCUUUGUUCUGACUAAGGAAGAAUCACAGAAGUUAUCUUUGAUCUGGGAUUCACAGUACAUAUACUCUAAUGGCCAGUUCCGGGCACUGUUCUCUGUGGGUCUUGUGACUUCCAGACAGAGAAGAACAUUCAGAUGCUAUGGCUAUUUCUUGAGCAAACCUCAAGUGUGGUCAGAACCUAGUGACCCUCAAGAGCUCCUGGUCUCAGCCUCACAGUCUCAGGAUCACAUGAUGGAGAACCUCAUACGUAUGUGCCUGUCUGGCUUGAUCCUAACAGUUCUUGGGAUUCUGCUGUUUGAUGCUUGCUGCAGCCAGAGAAGGAUGCUGAAGGCAGCCUACAAGUGA